AUGGAUUCUCAGAUGAAUAAUCGGCUCCAAACGACCAAAUCAGAGUUAAGUAAUACCGAUGAGCAAGGUUGUCAAGAUGAUCAGAAGGAACUUCUUAAUGAUCUAUUUGAACACGUAAAAUCAUUAAAUAAUAUACCUGAGCCAGUUUUGCUCGAGUUCCUUAGUGAAAUUCAUGUUUUAUGUCAGCGUAUAAAUUCAUUUCCUCAGUCAUUUUUUUCAGAAUCCUCAUUUCUUGAUCAAUUUGAUCAAAUUAUUCAAAUUCAUGAUAACGAAAACCCAUUUUACUUUAAAUCAUUAGAAAUAUUUACAUCAAUAUCAUCAAAAUCUGACGAGUUUUUAGAAUUAUACUUCGAAAAAGACAGUACAUUAUCAUUAUAUAAAUGUUUACUUCAAACAAGCAAUAAUAUACAGUUUAGUUGUGGUUACCAAUUCAUAAAAUCAUGCUUGGAGAAUCCAAACGCACUCCAAUUUAUACUUGAAAAACAAAUCUUAGAUGAUUAUCCUGAAAUGUUUAAAGAAAUGCUCAGCAAGAUAUCAGAAUACUAUAUUGACACGGAAAUGAACUAUCGUAUUGAUCUCGCAUUUAAUCUUUUUAAUAUUGUAAUUAAAAGCUUAAAUCCUGAUCAAAUUGAUGAAAAUUUGAUAAAACAAGUAAUGAUUGAUGUAAUGAGUUGUCCAAUCAAUUACUUACUCGACCAAAAAUUUACAGAUUUGGAAAAAAUUCUUAUUCAAAAAUUUAAUAUCGAAAUAAUUGUAAAUGACGCUUGUAUUUGGGUAUAUACAUUAGAUAUGCUUAAAGACGAUAGGUGCAAGCUUUCUUAUACCAAAAUUCUUCAAUUUAUUAACGAUGCAAUUCAAAAUCAAGUUUUUUCUAUGGAUAACUCAUUAUUUAUUAAACUGAUAAGAAUUGUUGAAAGUUCGAUAGAUUCAAAACAAGAUUUCCUCAUUGAUACUUUGAAUUUAAUUAAAAAUUCAAUAAAUCCAGAACUUUUUCAGCUUCUUAUUCAAAAUUUGAACUUGAAAAAUUUUAUAAAAGCUAUACAGAAUUCAUCCUACUCAAUUAUUUUAGCAACUCUGCCGAUUUUGUGGAUGAUUUUCAAUGAAUUAGCAUUUUCUCAGGAAAAUUUGUAUUUUGAUAUACAUUCUUUCGGAAGUGUGCUGAUACAAUCCUUGGAGUUCGAACAGAGUGUUAUUUUUGAACAUUCCGAAAAAUAUAUUAUUCCUUUUCUUUCAAAACUCCAAUCAUCAGGUAUUGAUAAGAGAAAUGAAUACGAAACGUUUGUUUUAUCUCUGAAAGAUAAAAUAAACGAAAUUGACGAAGAAAUUGAAAAUUCUCAAUAUUUAUCUGCGAUUUCAAGAUUAAUAGAUGAUAUAUUGUCUGAGUAA